UUUCCGGCCGGAAGCCGCGGCGCGACCUGGCUGCGCGUGCGCCUGUCACACGUGCUGUCAGAACGCCGCCGCCUCCGCUUCGGGCAGGUCUGUACCAUGCUGCGACCAUCUGUCCUCCGGCUGCUAAAACGCACGGGGGCUAGUAGGCUCUCUCUCCUGGAGGACUUCGGCCCACGCUACUACGGUUCGGGCUCUCUCAGUGCCCGCGACGAUGCUAGUGAUGGGCGCGCCUACUUCACUACACCCAUUUUCUACGUGAACGCGGCGCCGCACAUCGGGCACCUGUACUCGGCACUCCUGGCGGACGCCCUUUGCCGUCACCGUCGCCUCCGAAGUCCCAGCACGGCUGCUACGCGAUUCUCCACUGGUACCGACGAGCACGGGCUGAAGAUUCAGCAGGCAGCAGCUACUGCGGGCCUGGCCCCGACUGAGCUGUGCGACCGAGUCUCUGAGCAGUUCCAGCAGCUUUUCCAGGAGGCCGGUAUCUCCUGCACUGAUUUCAUCCGCACCACGGAGGCCCGGCACCGGAUGGCUGUGCAGCAAUUCUGGGGGGUGCUUAAGUCCCGGGGUCUGCUCUACAAGGGCCUCUAUGAAGGUUGGUAUUGCGCCUCCGACGAGUGCUUCCUGCCUGAAGCCAAGGUCACCUGGCAGCCGGGCCCAUCGGGGGAUUCGUUUCCUGUGUCUCUCGAGAGUGGGCAUCCAGUCUCCUGGACCAAGGAAGAAAACUACAUUUUCAGGCUCUCCCAGUUUCGGGAGCCACUCCAGCGGUGGCUGCGGGGCAACCCUCAGGCGAUCACCCCCGAACCAUUCCAUCACGUAGUUCUACAGUGGUUGGACGAGGAGCUGCCCGACCUAUCCGUGUCUCGCAGAAGUAGCCACUUGCACUGGGGCAUUCCCGUGCCCGGGGAUGACUCGCAGACCAUCUAUGUAUGGCUGGAUGCCCUGGUCAACUACCUCACUGUAAUUGGCUACCCGAAUGCUGAAUUCAAAUCUUGGUGGCCGGCCACCUCUCAUAUCAUAGGUAAGGACAUCCUCAAAUUCCAUGCCAUCUAUUGGCCUGCCUUCCUUUUAGGGGCUGGCAUGAGCCCACCACAGCGCAUCUAUGUCCAUUCCCACUGGACAGUCUGUGGCCAAAAGAUGUCUAAAAGCUUGGGCAACGUGGUGGAUCCUAGGACGUGCCUUAACCGCUAUACUGUGGAUGGCUUCCGCUACUUUCUCCUUCGGCAGGGCGUCCCCAACUGGGACUGUGACUACUAUGAUGAAAAGGUGGUUAAGUUGCUGAACUCCGAGCUUGCAGAUGCCUUGGGAGGUCUCUUGAACCGAUGCACUGCCAAAAGAAUAAAUCCUUCUGAGACCUACCCGGCCUUCUGCACUAACUGCUUCCCCAGUGAGCCAGGGUUGGUGGGGCCAUCAGUUCGUGCUCAGGCAGAGGAUUAUGCUCUGGUGAGUGCAGUGGCCACUUUGCCAAAGCAGGUAGCAGACCACUAUGAUAACUUUCAGAUAUAUAAGGCUCUAGAGGCCGUUUCCAGCUGCGUCCGGCAAACUAAUGGUUUUGUCCAAAGGCAUGCACCAUGGAAGCUGAACUGGGAGAGCCCAGUGGAUGCUCCCUGGCUGGGUACUGUGCUUCAUGUGGCCUUGGAAUGUUUGCGAGUCUUUGGGACCUUGCUGCAGCCUGUCACCCCAAGCCUAGCUGACAAGCUGCUGUCCAGGCUGGGGGUCUCUGCCUCAGAGAGGAGUCUUGGAGAGCUCUAUUUCUUGCCUCGAUUCUAUGGACAUCCAUGCCCCUUUGAAGGGAGGAGGCUGGGACCUGAAACUGGGGUUUUGUUUCCAAAACUAGACCAGUCUAGGACUUGGGUGGUGAAAGCCCACAGGACCUAGAAAAUCAGUUCUCAUCGGUUUGUGGUCAAAACAUUAUUUUUUUGAUUUUUCAUUUUCAGGAAAGUUAGACUAGUGUUUCUAGUGUGGAAUCAAAUGAGCACAUAAACUGUCCCCAUGAAAAGAGGUUUGUAGCCUUUCAGGUGCCUACCCCUGUUCUUCAUUUCUCUGUGACUGUUGAAUGUUGUCCUUUGUGCACUGUGUGUCUAAGAUGUCUUGAGGGGAAAGAUGGGUAAGAGACAGUGUUGCUAAUGCUGUUUCUUCUUUGUGCCUCCUUCCAAACCAAACUACCUCUCGUGGCUUCUCAUUGGCCUGGCCUUUGCUUCUCAGGCUAAUUAGUGCAGUGACUCCUUUCAUUGAGGGUUAGGGUUGGAGGCCCCUUACAGGGGCUUUUACAGGGGGACCCUAUUUUGUUACACAUAUUGAGUUUCCUGAUUAAAAAGAGAAUAUUUUAUUAAACCUCUGAACCAGUGUCCUAGACCAGAUGAUUUUUGCCCUUGUGCAUCCCCAUUUAAGUUCUUGCAACUAGGGCUCCCUGCUUUGUUAAUUAUCCAACAGUUGGAUUUUGUAACAUCACACUUCAACUGGUAGAUGGCUCUAGUCUCACACAUUAAUUACUAAAGAUUGCAGUUUCAGAAUAUUUAGAAUAAAUUAGUUUUCUGCUUUUUAAUUUUGCAGAUCUUUACAUUUUUAUUGCUUUUCUUAAAAUGAGGGAUAGCUCUGCAACCACUACUCUUUUAAUGUAAAGCAAAACACCCCCAAAACUUAUUAGAAUCUUUGUUCUUUUUCAGACUACUGAAAAAUGACAUUUAUUCUGUUAAAUGUUUAACAAGUGAAUAAGUAAAUGUGUCAGGUUGUUUAUAUGAUAAAUUAUAAAACCCU